GGCGUGGAGAGGUGGGGUCGGGGUCUAGGCCACCGGGCUGCAGCCCGGGCCGGUGGGACUCCGCCGAGGCCCGGCCCCCUGCACGGUGUCCUCAUGACUUCUCUCUCGGACCAUGUCCAUGAUCCUUUUUGCCAGCAUCGUACGGGUGAGGGAUGGACUGCCCCUCUCAGCCUCCACUGACUUUUACUACGCCCAGGAGUUUCUGGAAUGCAGGAGGCAGCUCAAGACCUUAGCCCAGAGGCUGGCCCAGCAUCCAGGCCGAGGCUGUGCAGAAAGUUGUGACUUCUUUAUCUAUUUUUCAUCAUCGGGGGACGUGGCCUGCAUGGCCAUCUGCUCGCGUCAGUGUCCGGCAGCCAUGGCCUUCUGCUUCUUGGAGGCUCUGUGGUGGGACUUCAUAGCUUCCUACGACACCACCUGCAUUGGCCUGGCCUCCCGGCCCUACGCCUUUCUUGAGUUUGACAGUGUCAUUCAGAAAACAAAGUGGCAUUUUAACCACAUGAGCUCCUCCCAGAUGAAGAGUGGCUUAGAAAAGAUCCAAGAGGAGCUCGAGUUCCAGCCUCCAGCAGUCCUGUCCCUAGAGGACACAGAUGUGGCAAAUGGCAUGCUGAACGGCCACACCCCAGUGCACUCUGAGCCUGCUCCGAACCUCCGGAUGAAGCCGGUGACAGCCCUGGGUGUCCUCUCCCUUGUUCUCAACAUCAUGUGCGCGGCCCUGAACCUCAUCCGUGGAGUUCACCUCGCAGAGCAUUCUUUACAGGUUGCCCAGGAGGAAGUUGGAAACAUCCUGGCUUUCUUUAUUCCUUCUGUGGCCUGCAUCGUCCAGUGUUAUCUGUACCUGUUCUACAGUCCAGCCCGGACUCUGAAGGUGCUGCUGAUGUUGGCCUCCAUCUGCCUGGGCAAUGCAUACCUGCAUGGGCUGAGGAACACCUGGCAAAUCCUCUUCCACGUAGGAGUGGCUUUUCUGUCUUCAUAUCAGAUCCUGACCAGACAGCUACAGGAGAGGCAAUCUGACUAUGGAGUGUGAUGAGGGCAUCCUGCAGUGGAUGGCGCCUUUGAUUUCCCCCCCUCUGGAAGGCCAGUCUGUGUCCACUCCUGCUUCUCAGCUUCACCUCAACCCUCCAUCCUUGACGCUCCCAAGGUCACAGAUUCUGGCAGGUGCAGCGGAGGGCCCGGGGCUGCUGGUUGCCAGUCCUGGUCUGUAUGGGACGUUUGUGCAGAGCUGCCAGCCGAGUCAGGACAGGGCGGCUGGAGCAGGAGCUUGCUCAGAGAGCAUCCGUGAUGGUCAGAGUGGCGGUAUCGUGUCCUCCUAAAUCUAACCCUAAUUGCAGACCACUAGAUUCCACAAUGGUAGAUUUAGUAACUGGCAGGUGUCUGUGAGGAAACUCUUCAAUGUUGGCGUCAGUUUUGCGGGUUCGGUGUAAUUCAGUUUUCCUUACGGUGUCAGCACAGGGUAAAUUAAAGCUUGAGAGUACGGUUCACAAACACAAGCUAGGUAAAUUUUGUUUAUGAUUUUGAUAACUUGGGUUCGAUAAACUUUUGGAAGAUUUAAAUAUAUUUUGGAUAUAAAUUGAAGCUCAUUCAGAAUGAAGCAAACUUAGGCUGAGAAAAUGCUAAGGAAAUCCGAGUUUAUUUAAAUUACAGAGACCGUUUAUGGUGGUAGGGCUUUAUGGAUACCAGUGUGGUUUAUAUUUAUUUGCAGAGCCUAUCUGAAUGAUGUACAUGUGGAUUAAUAACCAGUAUCACUGGGUCAUAAGCACAUAGGCACAAGCAGAUGCGGGGGCUUCAGGGUCCUCUCAGAGGGGCAGAGUGGAGGGAGAAAGGCCAGAGUUUCAGAGAUCCUUAGCAGAAAUGGGGGAGGCUGCUGUUUUCUGCCUUUGUUGUGGCAGCUGGGCGCUCACCACUGUAGCGUUGCUCGAGAUGUGGCCAUGUGCACCUCCUCCUAGAGAGGCUUCUCAAGUUAAUUACUGCCCCAAGCCUCUCUUGAGCAUCUUAAUUAGAGCAUGGGGCCUCAUUUUAUGGACAGGUAUUAAGUAGGUGUUAACACUCAAAAGCUUUGUGUAACUGGCACUUCUCUGUAAAGCUGCUAUGGCUUGCUUCCAGGUAAGAGCCCCCGUAUCUCCAGUGUGGGUAUCUGGUGGUACUCAAGAAACCAUGUUGGGGUUCGCCCCUCUGGCUUGUUCUUGGAAUAUACCCACAAUUUCAUGGGUUGACUCAUGAGGCUCCAAAAGUGAUAAACCCUGUUUUGGUAGUUUUAAAAGGAGAAUCCUGUUAAAAUUGUUGGCUGUUACUGGUACCCUAUGUUAAUCAGCCACCAGGUGUCAUUUCAGGAAGGAGGCUGUGUGACUCAAGAACUGGAUUGAAAAAGUAUCUCCAUUGUAAUUUUCUUUCCUUAUAAGAGAAUUUUCUAUUUUUAAUCAAAUCUGCAAUGGCUGGGUAUGAAUGUCGUAUUAGCAGCUUCCUCAGACGUGAACUUCAGCCUCACGUCAAUGUUGAUCUCACACCUGUGUAACACACCUGAGUACGUUCGUGUCUACUGUACAGGCAAAUGCUCACUCUUCCUGACAGAGAAUUUUGAAGUGGGAAAGAGGAAGGCAGAGGAGGAAGAAAAUUCUUUUAAUUCAAAGCACACAUUCAAAAAAAAUUUUUUUUAAGUAAUUAAAAAAAAAAGUCAGCCUAAAGUUGUAUUGUUUUCCUCCUGAGCCUGUGUGGUUCUCUGUUGCUCUAGAUCUGGACACCGCACACACUCUAGGGUCUGAGCCUGUGGUUGUCAGUCCACCAGCUGUAAUGAAGAAGUCCCCGAGGGCGCCCUUGUUACCGACACUUCACAUUUCGUAGAUGCUAGUGGGAGUGUUACCUGUGCUUGGUGACACGGCUUGGGACUUAUCAUCCAGACAGGGUUCCAUACUGAUUCUUACAAGUGGAAGGAAAAGGCGUCCUGAAGGGAAACGAUGCACAGACAGAGUCCAGCCUAGAGAAGCCUCACCUCCCUGAAGGAGGAAGCUAAGGGCAGGAAAGACGUCCCGGAGACAGACACCCUGGGGCUUCAAGGUAUGGUGGUUCAGGAUUAGGUAUUUGUAGCCCAGUGGGAUUCUUGAUGCCAGAACAAACUGGUUCCAAGGCAGGCAUGUUUCUUUGCCUGUCGCUGGCUGCUCUUCCGGAGGAUGCUGCUUGCCCAGCAGCUCACAGGAAACGGUGCAGACAGCCUAAACGGAAGGUGCUUUCCUGUUCGGUGCCACCUGUCAGCCGUUAGCCGGUGGGAGCAGCCCAGCGAGAAGGCUUUUGGGUUGGGUUGCUUUCUACUCAGCCAGCCUCACCUUGACAGGAACUCUACCUGGCACUCCCUUUUUGGAGUGGAGGCAGCUGGGCCAUCUGAGGUCGACUUCCCUCUCAGUCCCAGAUGCUGCACGGACCCCACCGGAGUAGUAGGGUUGUGGUUCUUGCUAUCCGUGAACCCUGUUGACAUACGUCACCAUGUGCUCCACCUCCCCUACCUGUUUCUACCCCACCUCCUACAUUCCUGCAUCCAGAUGGAGAUGCAGGCUAGAGUCUGUGGAGAGACAGAAGCCUCGCAUCAGUGAUGGAGAGGGAGGCAGCUUUGGAAUCCCAUCCUCUGCCCCACCUUGGCUCAGUACUCAGGGGAAGCAGCGCUUUGGUUGUCAGCACUGCUUGGGGUCAAGGGCCAUAGCCAGCAGGCCGAAGCAGGUGGCUAUUUGGAGCAUAGGAGUUGGCCUGAGGUGGGGAAGAGAAGUGGCUGUCCGUCUGUAGGUGCCCUGGGCGUGUCGAGGGGUGCAUGUCUCUCUCAUUCAGUCCUGUACUGCGCUGCUUCCUGAGGGAGCCGCCUGUAACAGCAGCACUUCCAGCUCUCUCCUGUGUGUUUGACAGGGAUGACGUGUGUCUGAGGCUGUACAUGGCCAGGGGUGCUCACUGCUGUCAGCUGUGUCCAGCAAACACUUGGCUAAACUAUUGCUCGCAUCUGACUGUCUCUCCCAGGUCGGGGGGGCCACUCUACCUGUGUGCCGUAAGAGCCGAGAAUGGUGGAGAAAGAGAAACCAGGGCGCCCUUGAGAGAUGAGGUGGGGGAAAGGAACGCACAGGUCAGCCAACCCAGUGGACUGGAGGUCAGCUUGGUUCUUCCACUCAGGCCUGGGUUACAGUAGAAGUCCCUGCCUGCGCUCCUCAGUGCCCUUAGUGAGGAUUGUGGGUGGUCACAGAGGGGACUGUUGUACGUGUACAGGAAGAAAGGGUUACAAGGCCUCUGGGUGUGUGCAGCAGGCAGCAGGCUGCACUAGCUUUCUUUGAGCAUCGACACAGUGGCAUAUCAUGCGGCUGCAGUACGUAAGGCCUCAUGCCUUCAUCCCAGAAAGGAAACAGCCCCUUUCAUUCCCAGGGCUGCCUCAUGGUUUCUGUGCAAGGAGCCCCUGAUAUAGUUAGCACCAGCAGACCUGCUUCAGGGUCCAAGGAAGCUGGCUUUGUAGGCUGUCUCCAGUCUCAACGAGGAAAGGCCCUAUGCCCCACCACGCCCGGCCACCCAGAAUGGGGCUAUCACUCCUCCUCCUUCUCCUCCUCUUCCUCCCCCUCU